AUACUUCAAACGCGCAACACAAAAACCUAAAAAUGAAAUUCCUGAUCGUCUUCGUUGCGCUCUUCGCCGUCGCCCUGGCCGCACCCGCCGAUUCUGAUGCAGUCGUUGUGCGCAACGAUGCCGACGUUGGACCCGAAUCAUACAAAUACAACUACGAGACAUCCAAUGGCAUUAGUGCAGAGGAAGCAGGUCAGCUGAACAAUGCUGGUACUGAACAGGAGGCUAUCGCCGUCCGUGGCUCAUACAGGUUCGUUGCCGAUGAUGGUGUCACCUAUGAAGUCACCUAUGUUGCCGAUGAGAACGGUUUCCAGCCAUCGGGCGCCCAUUUGCCCGUCGCCCCCGAAGCUUAAGAAGCUAUAUUAAAACUGAAUUAAAUUAAAUGUUGAUCUAAA